AUGGCCCCUGAUGAGAGAAUAUGGGCUCCUGAUGAGGGAAUAUGGGCCCCUGAUGAGGGAAUCAAUGACUUAGCGGCUGAUGCAUUAUUCUCUAACCAGCAUAUCUCUUUCUCAGGUUCGACAGCCAUAUCAGUACCGAACGUCAAUGUGGACGAAUUCUCUUCUCUCCUGACCUUUAUGUACACCGGUUACCUCGACCUGAACCUGUCAAACAUCUACAACAUCCUCCUGGCGACGCACAUCCUCCACAUGCCCAGAGCGCUCGAAAUAUGCAGGUCUUUCCUGAUUCACACCCAAGCUCCAGAAAUUCGCAGCACCAACAUAAUAAAACCCAUACCGAGUAAAAAGGCGCCUCUGCCUUCUCAAGAAAUAUUCCCGCCGACAUUCAGCCUCUUACGCAAAUCAGAAGACACCCCCUUCAAAGUCGUAGCGGCCCCCCAACAAGCAUCCACGUCCAAAGCCGAAGCGAUGGAGACCGAUGAAAAACAAAUCGCCGCGCAGAAGAAAACGUCGACCGGGGAAAAACAGAAACAUCGAAAACGGACGAACCAUGGCAACGAGAAAGUCAUAAUCGACAUAGCCUGCUGCGACGGUCCCGUCAAAUUCCACAGGGUCAUCAACAAAAACUACGGCGUGCCACCGCCCGCUUCGGACAAUUGCCAGCGAGAGGAGAUCAACAGGAACGCCGUGCUCAACAAAGUCAUGAACGAGAAUAUUCGCGAUCAGCUCGUCGACGAGAACGAAAAUCAAAACAGCGAACUGUUCACGUGCCUGUAUUGCAACCACACGUUCAAGUCGAAAUACUGCUACCAGAAACACGCUCGCCGGCACCUGAAUCCUGUCAACUUGGAGGCCAAAGGAGUGCCGAAGGAGGCCAAGAGAGAAGUGAAGCUGCUCGAUAUGAACGUGCAAUACUACCCGUGCAAAACGUGCGGGAGCAAAUUCCCCAGCUACUACUUCGUGCACAAGCACAGGAAAUUGUGUCACGCCGAAGAAAUGGCGGAUAAUGAUAAUAAGAAUAACGAAAUGGUGCCGGAGAAUGCGGAGAAUACGGACAGCAGUUGUAGCGCUAUUGACGUGGAGGCCGUAAAUUCCGAUAAAUAAUUUCGGUUAUGAAAUUCAAUUUUAAAUUUAAUGUACUAAUCAAUUAUAUUCCGAAUUAACGAAUUGACAUAUCAGAAAUGUGAAAG